GUUAGUGUUGAUCCCUUUGCAUAUUUAUUUGGUAGAUUGGAGAGAGAGAGAGAGAGAGAGAGAGAGCGAGAGGAGUAGGUGAAGCAGAAGAAAACAAAUCCCUCAAAACGACGACGAACAUGGCCGUUUCCAGCUCACACAUGCGUUUCACCUUCGAGUGCCGCUCCGAUCCCGAUUUCUCGCCGCCUCCCUCCUUCGACAACCUCCGCCGCCGCAAUUUCCGCGCCUCCCUCGGAUCUGGCGCUGCCUUGCACGGCGUCUCCUCCCUCAUCCUCCGCUUCCCUCCCAACUUUCAGCGCCAGCUCAGCACCAAGGCUCGCCGCAACUGCAGCAACAUCGGCGUUGCGCAAAUCGUCGCCGCUUCGUGGUCCAACGAUGCCGCAAACUCCCCUGCCGCCGGGGCUCCGGCGCCGCCCGCGGCCUCCGCCGCCGACGCCGCUACGGUGCCUCUCCCCGUCGACAUAGCCGCCGAUGAGGACGUCGUCGUCUCCGCCGACGCCGUCAACGUGGCAGCCGAGAACGGGGCUGUACAGUUAAAGCAUAGUUCUUAUUCUUCGUUUUUGAAAUCGGAUGCAAGCAAAACGAUUCAUGCCGCUGAAAGACUAGGUAGGGGUAUUGUGACAGAUGGAAUUACCACCCCAGUGGUGAACACUUCUGCCUACUUUUUUAAGAAAACCGCUGAUCUCAUUGAUUUCAAGGAGAAUCGUCAGGUUAGUUAUGAGUAUGGGCGCUAUGGAAACCCGACGACGGUGGUUUUAGAGGAGAAGAUAAGUGCACUGGAGGGGGCCGAAUCAACUGUGAUAAUGGCAUCUGGGAUGUGUGCUAGCGUAGUCCUAUUUAUGGCACUGGUUCCAGCUGGUGGACAUCUUGUGACCACUACAGAUUGUUAUAGGAAGACUAGAAUAUUCAUCGAGACUUUUCUUCCAAAGAUGGGGAUCACGACCACUGUAAUUGAUCCGGCAGAUGUUGGAGCCCUGGAAUCUGCAUUGGAGCAGCACAAUGUGUCUCUGUUCUUCACUGAGUCUCCUACCAAUCCAUUUCUCCGAUGUGUUGACAUUAAGCUGGUCUCAGAGCUUUGCCACAAGAAGGGGGCUUUACUCUGCAUUGAUGGUACAUUUGCAACACCUUUGAACCAGAAGGCCCUUGCCCUUGGUGCUGAUCUGAUUCUGCACUCCUUAACAAAAUACAUGGGUGGACAUCAUGAUGUCCUUGGUGGUUGUAUAAGUGGUUCAACUAAGGUGGUUUCACAAAUUCGGACUUUACAUCACGUUUUGGGUGGUACACUUAACCCAAAUGCUGCAUACCUAUUCAUCAGAGGCAUGAAAACGCUGCAUCUUCGUGUACAGCAGCAGAAUUCAACUGCAAUGAGGAUGGCCGAAAUUUUAGAGGCACAUCCCAAGGUGAAGCGGGUCUACUAUCCAGGCUUGCCAAGUCAUCCUGAACACGAGCUUGCCAAGAGGCAAAUGACUGGUUUCGGUGGUGUUGUCAGUUUUGAGAUUGAUGGAGAUCUACAUACCACAAUAAAAUUUAUUGAUUCACUGAAAAUCCCAUACAUUGCUGCCUCGUUUGGUGGCUGUGAGAGCAUUGUGGAUCAGCCUGCUAUUUUGUCUUACUGGGAUCUUCCUCAGUCAGAAAGGGCCAAGUAUAAGAUUCAUGACAACUUGGUUCGCUUCAGCUUUGGAGUUGAAGAUUUUGAGGAUAUAAAGGCUGAUGUCCUGCAAGCUCUGGGAGCUAUAUAGACGGUUUUCCUGAUUCACCCAAGUUUUUUUUUUUUUUUUUUUAAUCGUGUUAUUUGUUCCUUAUGGUUAUCACAUCUGGCGAAUCAAUAGAAUUUUGAUCGUCUAAUGUUCUGUUGGAGUUAUGUUAGACGGUAUCUGAUUUGGAUGUUAUGAAACUUGUGAUGAAUUGACAUCUCUAUUUGAUAUACGGUCCUGCUUUUCCUACAAGUUUUAAAAGAAAAAAAUUUCUUUGAA